AUGCAGUGCAGGUCCAGAAGAAACUUUGUAAGAGAAGCAACCGGACAAGCUGCUAAAUCGGCAAGGACAGUUGUCGUCGCUGGUAUUCCAGAUGGCCUUCUGCAGGAUGAUGUCAUGACUGACAUACUGAUGAUUCAUUUCCAAAUGUCGAAGAAUAAUGGGGGAGAUGUGGAAGAAGUCAUGUAUCCGACAGCAAAAAAAGGAGUUGCGUAUGUAACUUUUGAAGAUCAAGAAGUUGUAGAGAGCGUUCUAAAGAAGGAUGAACAUCGACUGGAAGACAGGAGGUUGUCCAGAUGCUAUCCGCUGAAAGUAACCCAUUACUGUGAAAAUGUCUUCACCUCUGUCACAUCUGUCCUCAAUAUGUCUAUUUUCAAAGACCAAUUUGUUCUAGAAGAUCUGAUACAAGAAUUUAAAAAGAAGAGCACAGCUUUGAGCUUUGGUCCUUUGCAAUCCAAUGGGCAUAUUUCUGUUCAAGGGUCAUUUCCAGCAAUCAAAUUGCUGAGAGACUUUCUCUUACUAAAAGCAAAAUCCCUUUCAGAGAAGGACAACAGAGAAGAAAGUAAGUUCCAUCGGAGACCAAGGAGGAGGCUGCAGCAACACGGACUUACCACGGAGACGAGUGAUUUUGUUCGUGAUGCAGAUGGGGAAAAACAAGCAGUUGUUCUUGACACAGAUAUAUAUUGCUACAUGAAGCGCUUUUUCCCCAGGACAUUCCUAGUAAAUGAUGUUGUAAUUUCUCCCAUCACUGAUGGUGAUAUAACUACAGUAUACAUUAAGAAUGCUGGAAGUAGGUCUGAUGCUGGACAGGUAUUAAGAAUCAAAGAGAAAAUUGAAAAUCAGUCUAUAAAACUCCAUAACACUUUACGUAAAAGACGGAUCUACUUUGAAGAGCACAUAAGAGAUCAAAAGCAGAGAUAUGGACAGGUGUGCAAAAGUCUAAAAGCCCGUUACCCGCAUGUUUUGGUCAUUCUUUGUGAUACUCACGCUGAUGUUAUAGGAAAUUCUUCUGAGAUUUUUGAAUUUACAAAGGAGGUGAGCACUAAGAUUCAGAGCCUGUUUGACACCAGGUAG